AAAGGCUACGAAUGCUCGUAAGGCGAUCUCUCCGCUCUCUCUGUUCCAAAGCCAACGGUCUCUCCUCUCUCGCCCGCCAAACUAAGCCCCAACACCCGGCAGAUUCUAAUUUGAAAUCCCUAUGCCUCAACGGUCGAUUGAAGGAGGCCCUGUUUGAAAUGGCCGUUUUAGGAACCGAAGUAAAAUUUAGCUGCUACGAUUCUCUCAUCACGGAAUGUCUGAACCAGAGGGCCCUCAGAGAAGGCCAGAGGGUCCACGUCCACAUGAUCAAGAGCCGCUACCUUCCUCCCGUCUAUCUCGGCACGAGGCUUAUGAUCUUGUACGCGAAGUGCGACUCGUUGGAGGAUGCUCGCAAUGUACUCGAUGGAAUGCCUGAGAGGAAUAUAGUAUCGUGGACUGCCAUGAUUUCUGGUUAUUCUCAGAGAGGGUGCCACGCUGAGGCUUUGGAGCUAUUUAUUCGGAUGUUGCAAACUGGUCUCCUGCCAAAUGAAUUCACUUUGGCUACUGUGCUUACUUCUUGUUCUGGUCCUCAUGGGUUUAAGCAUGGCAGGCAAGUGCACUCCCUUGUAGUGAAAACAAACUUUGAAUCUCAUAUAUUUGUUGGAAGUUCCCUUCUUGACAUGUAUGCGAAGGCCGAUAAAAUCCAUGAAGCUCGAACAGUUUUUGACAUGUUACCUGAAAGGGAUGUUGUUACUUGUACUGCAAUUAUUUCUGGAUAUGCCCAGUUGGGCCUUGAUGAGGAAGCCUUGGAACUAUUUAGAAAGCUGUAUGAAGAGGGAAUGGAAUGCAACUAUAUUACCUUUGCUAGUCUUCUCACUGCAUUGUCUGGGCUUUCUGCUCUUGAUUAUGGCAGGCAGGUGCAUAGUCUGACAAUCCGACGUGAACUACCAUUUUAUGUGGUUCUACAGAAUUCUCUGAUCAAUAUGUAUUCCAAAUGUGGGUGCCUGAUAUAUGCAAGAAGAGUCUUUGACAGCAUGCCUGAGAGGACUGUGAUCAGCUGGAAUGCAAUGCUUGUGGGAUUAGGGAAGCAUGGUUUAGGGAGACAGGUUCUUCAACUUUUUAAGUCCAUGCGUGAAGAACUGAAACCCGAUGGUGUCACUUUUAUGGCUGUUUUGUCUGGCUGUAGCCAUGGUGGAUUGGUUGACGAGGGUUUAGAUGUCUUUGAUUAUAUGCUUAAUGAGCAAGGCCUGAAGCCGGAACUUGGACAUUAUGGGUGUGUUGUUGACCUUCUUGGACGCGCUGGAAGAAUAGAAAAGGUGCUUGACUUCAUUAAAGAUAUGCCAUUUGAGCCAACAGCAGCUAUGUGGGGUUCGUUACUAGGGGCUUGUAGAGUUCAUGCUAAUGCUUCGGUUGGAGAAUUUGUUGCUCAGAGGCUUCUUGAGAUUGAGCCAGAAAAUGCUGGAAACUAUGUGAUUCUCUCUAAUAUAUAUGCUGCAGCUGGAAGGUGGGAAGAUGUGGUCAGGGUGAGAGAGUCGAUGAAGGAGAAGACAGUGAUGAAAGAGCCAGGAAGGAGUUGGCUCAAUCUUGAUAGAAUUAUCCAUACAUUUCAUUCUAGUGAUCGUUCCCAUCCUCAGAAGGAAGCAAUAGAUGCUAAGCUUAAGGAGCUAUGUGUGAAGAUCAAAGAGGCUGGUUAUGUUCCUGAUCUGAGCUGUGUAUUGCAUGAUGUCGAUGAUGAGCAGAAGGAGCGUAUGCUUCUUGGGCACAGCGAGAAAUUGGCAAUAACAUUUGGACUUAUGGGCACUUCUAGAAGUGGGAUGAUUCGGGUUACAAAGAAUCUUCGUAUUUGUGUUGAUUGCCAUAAUUUUGCCAAGUUUGUGUCAAAGGUAUAUGGAAGAGAUUUAUCUCUGAGGGAUAGCAACCGCUUCCAUUUGAUUGUAGGAGGGGUUUGCUCUUGUAGGGAUUACUGGUGACUUCCAUCUGAUCGUAGGAGGGGUAUGCUUUUGUGGGGAUUACUGGCGAAUGGUGAAGUCUCAUGCAGCUCUGCCAUCCCCUACCCAGUGGACCGGUGAAUGCUACAACACAUAGUGCAUGUUAGCACUUAAAUUAGCAUAACUUAUAUCUCACCUGCUGAUUCUUGAAUAGCUGCAAUUUAGAAUUUUGGGUCCAUAGAGAGUACCAACGAGGUGCUGCUUAUGUGUAAAGAUGGAAGAAAUGGAAUUCUUGCAGGAGAGAAAUCGAAUGACUGGAAAUUCUAUCUCAUUAUGGUUGGAAGCAAUCUAUAGGCGAGCAGGAGUGAUGGAGUCAAUGCAGAACUUUAGGAGAAGAUGGGAUUGAUAUCAGUAUGGAAUAUUCAGAGUAGUGGGCACUGCAAUGUGUUUGGUUGCUGAGGAGUCUAUUUAGAAUCACCUUUUAAGAGUCCGACAUUUGCUUUUUGGAAGGAUGAAAAAGAAAAGAAGUGAUUGUUUCAUUCAUGAGUUGUAGAUACACAUGCAUUAAAGAGAGAAAAUAAGGAAGUGGAAAGGUGUCAAUCUUAAGAUCAACUAGCAAUUCCAACGCGUGGAUCGUCAAAUGCUUUGAAAAUUUAUAAUACAUGGUGCAGAGAAUACAACUAUAUGACGAGGAAAAUCUUGUCUGGUGGUGUUUCAAGCCCAGUGGUGAUUUAGAAGUCAGAAUUGGCAGAUUUUUGAGACAGGCCUAUGUGAUGAAGGCAUUAGAAAGAGAAGUUUGUUUUUUCAGUUUCGACCUUGUGAUCAUAGUAGCCAUCCAUGCGGAAACCAAUCAGCCGAAACGCCAUUAACCAUGAGGAUAAUUGCAAAUGUUGCUAGACCAUCAAUACAAGUGCAAGCAUGAAGUUUCAAAUCCUCAUCUGUUCUAUUCUAUAAUGUUGAUGCUAGUGGGCUCAGUUUCUCCCCCAAAUUUCAGUCAUCCAUCAGAACAAGUAAGAAGGAAUUCGAAAGCUUAUGCAAUCAGUUAGUCUACUGGCCUCCUAACACAGUUUCUGGUAUAAGGAGACUGACUUGGAAUUCAAACAACCCAUAAUAUUCUUUAGAAAAUUGUAGCGUCAGGUAACAAACAACGUAUAAUUAGCAUGCAAAAUGGAAGAUAUGCUGCCCUGAGAGCUUUCAAAAGUUACAAGCUUGCAUGCAAAGUGGAAAUUCACCACAUUAGAUGGAUAAUAUAUAUUUUGUUAUUAUCCUCAAAUCCAAGCAAGGAUUGCAAAUGCUCUGAUGCAAUUUUUGCAACUUCACCUCUA